AUGAUCAACUCUACAAAUGAACUGGAGUUUUCCAAAGAAGAAAUUAAAAAUGAAAUAUCAAAACUCACUUCCCUGACACAUACGGAGGAAUCGGGAUCCAAAGAAAAAAGUAUACUAUGUUUAAAUGAAAAAAAUGGCUAUCACGACACUGUUUAUAUAAAGGCAGCUAAUAUUUUUCAGGGCAUUAAAAUUGACAAGGCGCCCGACAAAGUCUUGAUAAGGUAUGGCAGUGAUCCAGUGCUGACCUUGCCGGAUUUUGAAGAUGAAAAAUCCCAGCGUUUGUCCUAUGAACUAGCUUUCAGUGCUCUAAAAUAUCAAGAUAUUUUGGAAAGUAUAUUAAUAGACAGCUGUUUCUAUCCAAAUGUGUCAAUACCAGAUGCUCUGACCAGUCUCGUUGUUGUGAUGCUGUAUGACUUCCAAGACAGGAAAUUUCAAAGUCGUCUCAUUUCAAAUGAGGAACAGUCAAUUUCAGAAGUUCAGGAAGUAGAAAAUCUUCUUAACAGUUUUAAAACAAAAUUGGCUGCAGCACUGGCAAGAUGUCGAAUUAAACAUGAUGCUCUUUCAAUUUACCACAUUCUACCAGAAACUGUUAGAAAACAGGAACAAAGAGCUUCUACUUUGCCACUUUAUGCUUGGGUAAAUACUUGCAAAAUCAGCCCUGAAGUUGUUUGCGAUGAUUUGAAGAAAGAAGGAUACACCAAAGUCAAAUCUGCAUUGGACUUUGAGUGUAAAUCUUUUUGUAUGGACCAACAUUGCAGUGAUGUCUUAAUUUUCCCAUCUCAUCUUAAAAGUGAACUUCUUAAUAUAGAGCUUUGCACAGACUAUAAACUUUUGUUUCAGGAUAAAUCUCGAAGUCUUGCUGUACAUUCUGUAAAGACCUUGCUAAAUAUGGAUGAUGACAUCUUACUGGUUAACAUGGGUUCCUGGUACACUGUUGCUCAUAUGUCAACACUGACAAAUCAGAGUACCUCAAAAAUAUAUGUAUGUGGAGUAAAAUCACAAGCUAAGGAAUCUGAACUGCAGAAUCUUUUUACAAAUAUGGGAUGUAAAAACAUUGAGCUGCUGCAUGAAAAUUUUACUGACAUUGAAGCGAAAGAUCAAAGAUUACAGAAAGUUAAAGUUAUUCUUCUGCUGCCUCGUUGCUCUGGACUGGGUGUUAGCAAUCCAAUAGAAUUUAUUUUAAAUGAAAAUGAAGAUGCGGAAUUGCUUAAAGAUCACUCUCAAGGUUCUAUUGCAGAAGAUAAACUUAAUGUUCUUGCUGAACAGCAGUAUGAACAACUAAAACACGCAAUGCAGUUUAACAAAGCACAAGCAAUUGUUUACUGCACAUGCUCAGUUUAUCCAGAAGAAAAUGAAGUUGUUGUUAAAAAAGCACUGGAACUUGGAGUCGAAGGGAAUAAUAAAGUACAACCUUAUAGGCUAAGUCCUCCUGUACUUCCACUGUGUACUGUAAAAGAAAUUCGUUCAUCUAUUGAUAAAUUUUUCAAAGUAGAACCAUCUGAAAUUACUAAUGGUUGUUUCCUUGCUGUCCUAACAAGAGAGCGGGACCCAUCAGAGACAGUGUCUGUCAAAGACGUUUUGGCACGUGCUGCAGCAAAGGGAUUGCUAGAUGGUAUUGAGUUAGCCAAAACAUCAAAAAGAGAGAAGAAGAAAAAGAAAUCUAAAACAACACUGGCAAAAACUUCUAUUAAUGAAAGCAUGAGUACACAAAUAAAAAUCGCAGAGUUCCUGAACCGAGAAUUGAGACCACAUGUUAACCGUUCAGAGACAUUAACAACCAAACCAUGUCUUCCACAGAAAAAUACAAAUCAAACAAGUACUCCCCCACAGAAGAAAACUGGCAAGAUGCCCCCAUAUGCAUUGGUGCCUACAUUUAUGAAGAACAUGCCUUCCACGUCCAAGGUAUCAGAGAGACAGAUGAGCACUAUAAGGCCACGCCCUGAGGAUAAAAUGAUUGCACUGAAACCUGUAGAGAUUGUUUUGCCUCCGGUAAUGAUGUCAUACUCUGGUUCCCAAGCCAACAAAAACCAGAUUCCAGCGCAUUUCUAUUACCGUUGGAUUGGAGGCAAGACUGGUGGCUUAAUUGGGCCUUCAUCAUCCAAAAAAUUGGAAAAACCUAAAGAAAACUUACCUUCCUCUGCAGUGAGGCAUCCUCAACCAUGGCUUUGA